GGUGGCGGCAGCGCAUCUUUUCACCGUUAGCCGCCAUCUAUUGAUACACAGAAGAAGAGGAAGAAUGACAAAACUGCUCUCAGCGAGACCGAAGGAAACUUGAAAGUUACCGACGCCACAGGUCGAGUUGUACGACGGGAGCUCCGAACGCGGUUCUUUGGGCGGAACCGGACUCGUGACGCCUGUCAGACCCGCCUCAGCUGUUCGGACCCGGUGGCUUUUUCGCAUUUUUUUAGUUAGCUGCUUUGCUAACUUGGACAUUCGGGUUCUAUCAGCUGGUUUCGUUGCGCAAGAAGAAGACCCGGUGGCGCUUCGCUGCUCUCCGUGAUGGGAUCCAGGGCGUCGACGUUACUUCGAGAAGAAGAAAUCGAAGAAAUUAAAAAAGAGACUGGCUUCUCCCACAGUCAGAUCACUCGACUCUACAGCCGCUUCACCAGCCUGGACAAAGGGGAGAAUGGCACGCUCAGCCGAGAGGAUUUCCAGAGGAUCCCGGAGCUGGCCAUCAACCCUCUGGGAGACCGAAUCAUCAACGCCUUCUUCCCCGACGGAGAGGAUCAGGUGAACUUCAGAGGCUUCAUGCGGACCCUGGCUCACUUCCGGCCGGUCGAGGACAACGAGAAGAACAAGAACCUGUCCAACACGGAGCCGCUCAACAGCCGCACAAACAAACUGCACUUUGCCUUCCAGCUGUACGACCUGGACCGGGAUGACAAAAUCUCUCGGGACGAGUUGCUGCAGGUGCUGCGGAUGAUGGUGGGCGUGAACAUCUCAGACGAGCAGCUGGGCAGCAUCGCCGACAGGACCAUCCAGGAGGCGGACACCAACGGAGACGGAUGCAUCUCCUUCACCGAGUUCAUCAAGGUCUUGGAGAAAGUGGACGUGGAGCAGAAGAUGAGCAUCCGGUUCCUGCACUAACUCUUUCUUUUGUUUUACUUCUUAAAAUGAGUCCAAACUUUUUUUUUCCUCCAUUGAUGCCAGAAAAAUGACUUCAUCCAGCGCCUCAGAUGGCUGCCACUGCUCCCCCAUUACCGCAGUAAAUCUCCCGCCUUUGCACUGCUUCGCUAACGUAGGGAAACGUGUCAGUGUGUUUCCCACCAUGCAGCAUCAUAGAAACAGCUUUUCAGUGGGCAUGAGAUCAAGAACGUCUUCACCUUUCAGACGCAGUUCACUCCUGCUGCUCACGUUUCACACGCUUCUGUAUUUGUAUGCAGCAGUUCAGACAGCAGCACCAUUUCCAAAUCAAAGCCAGCCGCUGGAGUGUCUUUGAUUCUGUAAAAUGUCGGCUCUAGUUUGUUCUCAUGUAAAACAAUAAGUGAUUUAUUCCGGUUGUUGUUGGUUAACCAAAGCCGAACCCGCUGACGUCAGUAUGAGCAUAGGAGUCUUGAAUUCACGCCUGACAGCCGCUGGACUUCAUGUCAGAAGGAUUUAACGCGUUUUCCCGCUGUGUAACUGCUGGAUCUGAUGCAUAAAACGGUUUUCCUUUUUCCUGUUUCAAGUGCAAAUGAGGAAAAAACACUAUUUUAUUUAUUUCCCAUCUUAUCUGCUCCAGAUCUGCUUUGUGUCACGUGGCAUUCGAACUUUAAAUACGAUGUAAUCUAUAAUGUCAGCCAAAUCCUCUGGAGGAUGAAAGCGUUAUUAAACCAAAAUCAGCUGUUAUUUGUAUUGUAUGUUGAUAUUAAAGUGAUUUCUGAAUCAAUUUGAAUAAACAAGGUGCCAUUCA